AUGCUGCAAAGUGCAGCCUUCAGCGGAUUGGCGGCUGGCCUGGCCAACGCCACCAACCAUACUUUUGGUGCUCGGAGCGCUCUCGUUCCUGAUUUUACUCAACCACCUCCCACCAACCUCUCCAUCUAUACCAAUGCCUCUCUUUGGGAGCAAUGGCGGCCAAAGGCUCACUUCAUUCACCCAAGCAACAGCGUUGGGGAUCCUACGGCUUUCUGGAUGGACGACAAUGGUACCAUCCACCUGUCAGCACUCUACAGUUUCAUCCGGGGUAUCGAGAACAGCACAUACUUUACUCAAUCUAUCGCCGGUAGCACUACCCAGGAUCUCCUGCACUUCAAGGACCACAACACGUACAAGAACCCCGUGUCGAUCGGUGCCGGUAACGAGGUUGAUUUUCUCGCCGACUUUGAUGGAAGUGUAAUUCCUCACGGCUACAACGGCCUGCCCACCUUGAUUUGGACUGCCGUCAAGGGCCUUCCAAUCUCAUGGUCUAUCGAUUAUCACGAUGGCUACGAGUCACAAGCUCUGGCCUACUCGGAGGAUAACGGCGACACAUGGAUCAAGCCCGAGGAGGGUGCCAAUAUCCCCGUCAUAACAGCUCCCCCUUACAUUGGUAAUGUCGUGACUGGUUUCCGUGAUCCUUGGGUGGUCCAGGGUAAGCAAUUUGACGACUUGCUUUCUCCCAACGGUACGUGGAAUUACACGGAAGCGCCUUGGUACAUUUCUGUCAGCGGAGGUAUCCACGGUGAUGGCCCCCGCCUGUUCUUCUACCGUCAGUCCGAGCUCAACAACUUUACCAGCUGGGACUACUUGGGACCCAUUCUCCAAGAGAAGGUCAACUCUACAUUUGUCCAGCCGGGCUCCGGCUGGGCUGGAUCCGACGAGUCCGAUGGAAGUAAUUACGAGACAUCCCAACUCACCACCUUGGGUCACGAGGGAGACGACGAAGAUGGGCUUGGUCUCAUCACCAUGGGCGCGGAAUCUGGUCGUAAAGACCACAGCUACCAUUGGUCCCUAUACCGGGUGGGCCACUGGGCCAGAAGCGAGCACAACGAGAGCGUUAUUCUCAACACAACGUUUGAGGGUGUCGUUGACUGGGGUCUUGGAUAUGCAUGCACUGGUGUCCAGAACAAAACGGAUCUCCGACGCUAUACUCUGUGUGUCAUUGGAGAGGACCAGAUCGAGGAUCUCAAGUAUCAGACCGAAUACUCUGGCGCACUGACUCUUCCACGAGAGCUUUUCAUCAAGGAUAUUGAAAACGUUGUAGACUCGUCUCUGGUCCGUAUGAGAGCAAGCUGGGCUGUCAAGACGGGCCACCUCAAGACUGCUGUUCCAACGGAGAACAAUGGUCGUAUAGGCGCAAAGUCGGACGGCACCGUCGAUCUUACCACUCUGGGCAUCCGACCAGCGAAGGAACUUGCUGCAUUCAGGGCCCAAGCUGAAAAGUCAUUUGUGGUUAAUCAAACAGAAGUAGUCUUUGCCCCCUCGAGGAACAAUAGCGGCGACGAGAUCACAGUCAAGGACGGCGAGCACCAGAUCUACCGUGCCUUGGAGCAAUCCCCAGACAGCCGCCACUUUGAGCUGGAGACCACCAUCUCUUUCCCCAAUGCUUCGCUCAGAAGUGAAGACUACGGCUCAUUCUCCGCUGGCAUCUCCAUCUUCCGUAGCGUCAAGGGUGUCGAGCCGGGCUCGGACAGAUUCGAAGACGUCUCCGUAGUCUACCGCCCGGCCAAUGAGAGUAUCAUGAUUCAGCGCAACACGGCCAUCACCAACUCGACCGUCAACCGCGCACCGGAAGUGGGUAAGCUGCGCCUAUGGGAGCGCCGUGUCAACGGAACCACCCAGCUCGACGAUCUCAAGAUGCGCGUCUUCCUGGAUGGUAGUACUCUUGAAGUGUACGUUAACGAGGUGCUGGCCAUUUCGACUCGCGCCUACUACUGGUUCCCCGACUCGACUCGCGUCGGAUACGUCUACAACACCCCCGAGGGUUUUAGCAAGAAUGAUGCGGACGCAAAGGUCACCUUCAAGGAGACCUCUUGGUGGCAAGGACUAGUCGAUGCGUAUCCCGAGCGCCCCAAGGACAAGUGGGAGUUGAUCCGCCAGCUUAUGGGCUACCCUGAGCCAGCCAACAACCCUAAUAAUGAUACCAUCAUUUACCAAGGCGUUGGUGACGCCCCGGCCUUUCCCGUACUCCCUUGA